AAGCGCCAUGGAGACGUUUACAAUACACGACAUGCUCAUCAACUCAACCGACCUGAACAAGAUUUUAUGUAAUUUUGGAAUCAAGAAUAUUUCGGAGUGCGAGGGCGAGCAGGAACCUUCCCCGAAAGACAUCAACCAGACAGUGCGGAUCGUCCUCUACAGCCUCAUCUUCCUCCUCAGCGUCCUGGGCAACAGCCUCAUCAUCGCAGUCCUGGUGAGGAACCGGCGCAUGAGGACCGUCACCAACCUCUUUCUGCUGUCUCUGGCCAUCAGCGACCUGAUGGUCUCUCUGGUCUGCAUCCCCUUCACCCUCAUCCCCAACCUCAUGAGGGACUUCAUCUUCGGCACCGGCAUGUGCAAGCUGGUCAUGUACUUCAUGGGCGUCUCCGUGAGUGUUUCCACGUUCAACUUGGUGGCCAUCUCCCUGGAGCGCUACAGCGCCAUUUGCAACCCGCUGACCUCCAGGACGUGGCAAACCAAAUCCCACGCCGCCAAGGUCAUCACUGCCACCUGGGUGGUGUCCUUCAUCCUGAUGCUGCCGUACCCCGUUUCUAGUGUCCUCAAGCCCUUCACCCGCCACAACAACAGCACCGGAUUCAUGUGCCGCCUCGUGUGGCCCAACGACGUCAUCCAGCAGUCGUGGUAUGUGUCCCUGGUGCUGCUGCUCUUCCUAAUCCCCGGGAUCGUCAUUAUGUCAGCCUACGGACUCAUUUGCCUGGAGCUCUACCGGGGCAUCACAUUUGAGCUGUCCAGCAGGAAAUCUAGCAGAGAAAGACAGCUCAGCACUGGCAGCAUCAAACCCGGUGACAGUGACGGCUGCUACCUGCAGCCGUCUAAAAAGAAGAGCAUCACCCUGAGUACCGGCACCCCCAGCAGCAAGCCCCCGGUGGGCCGCGUGUGCUGCGGCAGCUCCACGGCCAACCUGAUGGCCAAGAAGCGCGUGAUCCGCAUGCUCCUGGUCAUCGUCUUCCUCUUUUUCCUGUGCUGGACUCCCGUUUUUGUGGUCAACGCGUGGCAGGCUUUCGACCAGCGCUCGGCCUACCGCCUGACCGGGGCGCCGAUCUCCUACAUCCACCUGCUGUCUUACACCUCGGCCUGCGUCAACCCCAUCAUCUACUGCUUCAUGAACAAGCGCUUCCGCCAGGGCAUGCUGGCCACGUUCACCUGCUGCCGCUGCUUGGGGAGGAGAGGCGUAGGAGGGGGCGGCGGCGGCGGCGGCUUUGUGAGGUCAGCCGGCAUCGGGGAGGCCAAAGUGGGAGCGGGCGGGUCAAGGGGGAGGCCAAAGGUCACCGAGCAGAACGGUCACGUCCCGCCAAGCGGAGCCGGCACGCGCUUCACCUACACCGGCAUCCGGGCCUCAACCUGGAGCGAGCUGACCUAAACGGGACCGGCACCUCUGCGUGAGAGGUGGGACUAGUUUGUGAGCAGCUGCGUCGCUUUUGCUCAAGGUGUGACGCGACGUGGGUUCAAUUGUCGUUAACGUGGAAGCAGUCGGGUUUCACAGCAGAUCAACGCAGACAGAUCUUUUUUUUU